AUGGUCGCAGCUAUUACUAUGCUAUUAGCAAGGUACAAGUUCAAACAGUCAGCUCAACUCUGGACGUUGACAAGAGAUUCGACGAUAAACGGAUGUUCGAACGUUAAAACGAAAAAAUCGAUGAAAAGAAUGGCCUUACGGACAAUAGUUGUAGAGCAAGACAUUAAGCAAGACAUUACACUCGCCGGUAAAGACGAUAUUUCUGACAUAUUCGGAUGGCACGGAAUACCUUUUAUGAACAAAUCCGAUGAAGAAAUUUUAUUGCAAAGAAGAGCUCACACUGCACAACGGCAGCUAGAAAAUCCGCCCGAGGCUGAUGUUGUGGAAGCGGCCGAGAAGGCUAUAAAGUCAAUCGAAGCAUGGUUACAAAACCCAGUCAACAAUCAGCUUAUUAUAGAAGCGCCCACUGUUAGGCACAAGCGGUUCAUUUUUCAGCAAGUUAGGGCGAGGUUCAAUGGAUUCAUAGACGGUGAUAGUAGACCAAGGUCAAUCGUGUUCAUGCGAUUAACUGAAGAACAACGCGAGCGGCGGUUCAAAGAGGAUGAUGCGAUACGCUCUGACAUUAACGUCAAUUUUCGCGAUGUCAUAGAAAUGUUGAUUGAAGCGAAGAAACCUAUAAUAGGCCAUAAUUGUUUUUUGGAUUUUUGUCAAACAAUUCACCAAUUCUACGAAGAAGUCCCGGAAAAAGUGCGACAGUUUAAAGCGCUAGCUCAUAAACUUUUCGAAACUAUUGUUGACACCAAACACUUGGCGUUUUCGCACUCAAAGCUUCAGGCUCAUCUUAUUAAAACCGGCGUUCAAGAUACUCUCGGAAUGGUCCAAAGACGUCCUUUCACUGAUUUGGGGCCGAAAAUUGUAAUCGACCCGACCUUUACUAAAUACAAACUUAACGAUGCCUCUUUGUAUCAUGAGGCGGGAUAUGACGCUUAUGUAACCGGAUUUAUAUUUGCUCGCUUGGUUGCUUUCAUGCUUCAUGAAAACGAGGAAGGGAAGAGAAACGCAUACUCUUUCCUGGAUGAUGUUCCUGAAGGCGACAUUUCAGUAAAGAAGAAAGUAGAUGAUGAACCUGUCGAGGAACAGGAUGAAAAUAAUAUGGAUUCCGAAGAGAAAAAGUUUAUAGAUUUAAUGUGGACUUCUCCAAAAGUCAUUGGAUACUAUAAUAAAUUACAUUUGAUGCGAUCGGAUUUCAAAUACCUUAAUCUGACUGGAGAAGAUGGAUGUCCAUCGCCAAAAGCAAACGCAUUCCUUCUUUCCAAUAUCCCUCAGAACUGCUAUCAGUCCACCCUUACGACAAUCUUUGAAGAUUUCGCACCAAUUUUCGUCAACUGGGUAGACGAUUCAAAUUGUUGGCUAACCGUAAGACACGAUAAAAAAUGUGAGAGGUUAAAAGAAAUCAAAGUAAGAGAGUUGAAGUUCUUUCAAGAGUUUAUGGAAGGCAAGAAGAGGGCGAAAAAAGCGCAAGAAAGUGGGGUGACGGCAGAGAUGGGAGACAUUACGAUCAUUUCGUGGGGAGAAUGGAUCAGGGAUAUCGUUUGGGAAGACAUAGAUCAAAAAGAGAAUGAAGAAAAUGGGGAAGACAUAGACCAAAAAGAGAAUGAAGAAAAUGGGGAAGGUAGUGACAAAGAGCUCGAUGAAUCAACAUCAACUAUUUCAAGCACCAAGUCCGAGCAAGAGCGUCCGUACUCUGCAGCCUCAUCUUGUUCUAUCAAAUCAUUAUUGUCGAAUUUAGACAAUAUGGCAUGGCCACCGCCGGCAGAUAGGCUUCCGUUCCCAACGAAAGACGGUGAGGCUACCCAUUCGGUUGAGGUUAACAGUUAUGCGGAAGAAACCUGGGGCCAGGUCGGGAUCGAGGGCAACGACAGCGCUAAUAAUGACAAUUUAAGCAACGAGGCCAACAAUGCAAUCACACUUGACUCUGCAAGUCAGAGUAAGCGCAGGAUUGAUGAUGAGUGCUAA